AUGGGGCCUCAGAAGACCUUCCUGAUCUUCGCCUCAGGUGAAAUGGUAAUUCAGCCGGAUGCCAAGCCGACCAGUUUGCUCUUCAUCAUACUGAUCCUGGUGGCCAUUGGCGUCUCAGGCUCCUUAGAGGCGGACUUCCAUGGCUGGACCGUCUGUUGGUUCUCCGGACCCUUCUAUCAGAUUUCCAACUUCCUGUUCUUCUACGCCGGGAUCUUGCACGACGUGGCCUUCAUCCGCAGCGCUGUGGUCGUGGCGAAUCUCUUCAUCGCGGCCUUUCUGCUCUUCGGCACCCCGACGUGGCCAGCACUGUGGAAGUCGCAGCUCGCGUGCUUCCGGGUGGACACGGUGAUGUGGAUGGUGCUUUGCGUCUUUGUGAAUGCGGUGCCCAUGUUCCGACAGCUGAAGUUCGAUGACUCCAAGGUCACCUUUUCUGUGGACAAGAGCCUGGAGCCUUUCGCGGAAGCCGUUUGGCGCGAGUGGUGGCGCCGCUCGGGCAUUCCGCGCCAGGACUUUAAGGACAUCCUGGACGCCGGCGAGUUCUUUGAGACUGUCCAGGGCACCAAGCUGCAGUUGAAGGGUGAAGACUCGAGCGAUGGCUCCAGCGAUGGCUCCGACAUGGAGGCCGAAGAGGAGCACUUCUACUACAUUGUGCACGGCAGGGUCUUGUUGAAGCCCGCGUCUGAGAGUGGCAUCAAGGACAUCACCCUGGACGCGGGCUACUUCCUGGACGGCCCCGCCCUGAUGGCCUUUGUGGGGCAGAGCAGCGUGGUCCACGCCAUGCAGCCUGUGGGGCCCAGGGCCUUCGUGGUGAGCGACAAAGUGCUGCUGAUCCGCUGGAGCAGUCGCCAGAUCCUGCAGAACAUCAUCAACUCAGGUGGUUUUGCCCUAGAAUGCUUGCGGAUUGUCGUGGCAAGCGCUACGUUGGAUGCGUUCUACAAGAACGCGGUGAAGGAGGACUUUCUGCCCACCUUCGAGUCGGUGGAGGCGAAACGCCAGGAGCUUCUUCGCGCAGCGCUGCCAAAGGAUGCAGCGAUGCUGCAGCGGAGCAUCUUCCAACAGUUCUGGCUGAGCCACAUCAGUUGGGGCGACUUGUGGCAGCCAAGCCCCAAGCAGCGCGUCAUCAACGCCGUCCGCACCGGGUCCCGGGAACUGGGCUUCCGCCAGCACCGCCACGAGACCUUCGACGACCUGGCGAUGCUGCACCGCGCGGCCAUGGGAACGGCCACCGUGGCCACCAUGCUGGGCAACGGCGGCCAGGACUACAACGCCGCCUCCCGGCGCUUCACCGAGACGCCGCCGGAAUGGGCGAGGCCGGGUGGUGCUGGCGCGGUGCAGCGCAAGGCGCCAGCGCCAGCCAAGGUGGGCAAUGGUGCUGUGGAGGGCUUUGCCGGCCGCGGUCCGGCCGGUCCGGCGGCGAACAUCUCCUUGCUCCAGAUGAGCCGACGCUUUGAGGAAGGGCGGCACAAUUUUGGUGCGAAAAAGAAGAAGAGAUGUGGAAAGUUGGAGGAAUACCACCGACUGCAGAAUCAACUCGCGAGACUGACCUCGGCGCGAGCGCUGUGGCAGGCGCUGAGGAGCACCUCUGAAGCCUGGGAUGGGACGAACUUGGCAGCAGCAUGGCACCGCACGGCCAAAGUGAGCCGCGACGACGCCAAGUGUUUCUCCCGCUGUCUGGGGCUGCUGGUGGCGCAACAGCGGCAACGGAUGGGGAAGGCGGGUGACUUCGACGCUAAGAGCCUGGCAUGCGUGCUGUGGGCCUGGGGCAAGCUGAAGGUGAAGGAGAAGGACCUUCUGGAGGAUCUUUGUCAACGGAUUCCAGGCAUGCCAGGUCGCAUCCUUCACUUCACCUGUCGCGACUUAGCCAACAUGGUCUAUGGUCUGGCGCUGCUGCAGCACCGCGACGCGGUGCCCGCGCUCUGCGACAUCCUCGCCCAGCGCUUGGAUGAGGCCAACAGCCAGAGCGUGGCCAACGUCAUCUACGCGCUCUGCUUGCUGAAGGUGAAGCAUCGGAAUUUCCUCACUGUCAUGGGAGAGAAGAUUCCGGAUCGCGUAGCAGAAUUCAAGGCUCAAGAGUUAUCCAUUUUGAUCUACUCCUGUGCCCUGCUGCGGGUUCGUCAAGAUCCUCUGCUGGAAGCGACCUGCCUCGAAUCACGAGGACGUCUUGACGAGUUCACCCCUCAAAACAUUUCCAACCUGGUUUACGGAGUCGGUUUGUUGCAGUUCAUGAACGAACCCUUUCUGCAUGACACCUGCAAUUUUGCCUCUGAGAGGAUGGAAGCGUUCACCGUGCAGGGCAUUUCGAACAUGACGUAUGCCUUGGGACUGCUGGGCUAUCCCCAUGUUUGCUUCCUUCGCUCGGUUUCUGGACGUCUUCGAACGCGGAAGAUGCGGAAGGAUCAUUUCCUCCCGCAGCACCUGGGCAACAUGGCGCAUGCCCUGAGCCUGUUGAAAGGCACAGCUCAGAUUCGAUGCGAAGUGCCAAGGCUUCCGCGACCUCAUGCGGAGAGCAAAAAUUCGCGCCACGAGGAGCACGACCGGAUGAGGGAGGAGGUGGUGGACCUGAAAAUCACGGUGGAUGGCCUGGAAACGGAGCGCGACUUCUACUUCCAGAAGCUGAGAGACAUCGAGAUCAUGUGCCAGGCAUGGGAAGAAAAUCCCACCGUGUCCAUGACGGUGAAUAAAUUUGUGGAAGAGAUUCAAAACAUCCUCUACGCGAAGGAUGAUGAAGAGUUGGCCGCCACGGCUGGGGCGCCUUAG